UGGAAUUUUUCCAGUCGGAAAAAACAUGGCGAUGUGCACUGUGCUGCGUAAUAUCUUCACCAAGAACCUUUCGGACUUAUUUCUCUUGAAUUCGCCAGCAAUCUGUCAAGUACAGCAGUCUCGAGGGACGAAGUCCUGGAGACUUAUUGAAAAACCAAAACCAGGGAUUAAUGGAAAAGCAUAUCGCAGAUUCGUUCAUUUCAAAGAUGAAUACACAGUGGAGCCCUUGGAGGUUACGAAUCUCGCCGGGAGGGACCCCAUCACUGGUAGAGUCGUGGCAAAGGGUAUUGGUGGUGGAAUAAAGCACAAAUACCACUGGAUACAAUGGAAGCGUGAUGGUCCAACUGACAUAAAUGUCCCCCCAAAGGAAGAACGAGUCCUGGAAAUAUUGGAGGACGGGUGCAGGACAGCUAACAUAGCCCUAGUGGGUCAUGGUUCGGAGAUAAAGUAUUACCUGGCCUCUGAGAAUAUGAAGCCAGGCCAGAUAAUCAAGACAUCUCGGGCAAUUCCACGAAUACCAGUGCGAGCAUUCGAGGGUGAUGCUUAUCCCCUGGGGGCGCUUUCAGUAGGCACCAAUGUUUAUAACAUUGAGAAGUACCCAGAAAAGGGGGGAACCUUGAUCAACGCUGCUGGUACCUCAGGCACGAUCAUCCGAAAGGAUGGCCAUGAUCGUGUAAUUGUUCAGCUGCCCAGCAAGAGACUUGUCAGUCUUUUCCACACAUGUCUCGCUUGUGUGGGACGAGUGUCUAAUAUUCUCCAUGGGGAAACGCCCAUUGGCAGUGCCCAGAAGAACAGAGAACUGGGAAAUCGACCCAGGAGUGGUCUCUGGCAGAGGAAAACUGGUCGUUUCGGUAGGAAAAUAAAACCACCUCGUCCCAUUAAAUACUACGACCCUGAUGGCCAGAUAGUCUUCGUUAAAGAAGAACGCCUCACUCAUUCCGCUUUCAAUACUAAUCUGGAUUGCAUCAGGAAACCCUCGGUGCCAAUUAAGAUCUAUAAGGAAGAGCUCAGACCGUGGUAAUUUAAAAGCAAUGGAAGAAUCUGGGAAGAUUUGUUAAGAUCAUUUGAGUAAAGGAUUUUUCGUUGACA